CUUCAGAUGAAGGAUUCCGUUCUAGAGGAGCCAUCCGACACUCGUAUUCUUGGCAUUGAAGAUUAUAUACAAACUCCGGGGGUAAGUAGCGGGAGGUUGUCGGUUGGUAUGACGCCGAAAACUUUACGGCUUCCAAAACAGGGUGAGAUGCUUCUGUCUGUCCAUGGUUCGCCGCUUGGUGUUUACAAGGAAAAUAACAUGGAUGCAAUACACGGUAAGCUAUUUUCAUUUAUUUUAAUUAUCUUUUUCGUCAGUACAGAUAAUUUUUGCUAUGCUGUAUUGCUUCACACUCCUGCGAAAUGUUAUUUGAUACUGCUAUAA